AUGACAAUUCGCGGACGACAGGGCCCGCCGCAUUGGCAGCGGGAUCGCAGUGCAGAUCCCUCAGUACAGAUCCCAACGUACGGCGUCCUGGCGCACAGCAUACGCACCAGCACCAUGGACACGGGCAAGUUCGAAGAAAAUAGAACCCAGAUCCCGGAGGACAACAGACCGUUCAGACCCCGGGCGGACAUAGAACGCGUAGAGUGGCUGACUAGAGACACGUCUGUAAAGACCACAGCAACCUUUGCCAUCGAGUUCACCAAGCCAGAGGAUGCAGACGAGAUCGUCGACGAGGAUCUAAUCUGGCAGAGCAGCAAACAAACAGCGCAUGUACGAGAGACUGUUGAGGCAAUCCAUAAGGCUAUGGACAAAACAGUCCAACAAACACGCCCCUCGAAUCGGAGCAAAGUGGAAGGGAGGAAGAACGCAAAGUAG